AUGAGGCACUCGCUCCUCCUCCCCACCGCCUCGUACAUCGAGCACGGCGCGUCGGGCGCCCCCAUCCUCGGCCUCAUCAAGGUCACCGCCUCCUCCAUCCUCGAGGUCGUCAUCCUCUCCUCCGUCGGCUUCAUCCUCGCACGCCGCGGCAUCAUCGACAAACGCACUCAGACAAAGAUCAACAAGCUCAACGUCUCCUUCUUCACCCCCGCCCUCCUCUUCUCCAAGGUCGCCUUCACGCUCAAUCCCGCCCGCCUCGCCGAGCUGCUCAUCGUGCCGCUCGGCUUCGUCAUCGUCACGGUCGUAUCGACGCUCAGCGCGCUCGUCCUCGCCUGGACCGCACGCCUCUCGCCCGCACAGCGCAACUUUGCCAUCGCAUGCGCCAUCUCGCCCAACUCCAACUCGCUCCCCGUCGCGCUCAUGCAGUCGCUCGUCGUCACCGUGCCCCAGCUGCACUGGGACGAGGAGGGCGAGCCCGAGGACACGGUCGACGGCAUGCUCGGUCGCGCACUCACCUACCUCGUCCUCUUUAGCACCCUCGGCAUGUUCCUCCGCUGGAGCGUAGGCGCAAAGCUCCUCAGCACCGUCGAAGAGACCAUCGCCGAACCUACUCCCGCGUCGCACGACUCGAUCGACUCCACAGGCUCCACCGGCUCCAUCGGCUCCGACGAGUCGACGCAGACGCGGCCGCAGAUUACGCUGCGCAGACCCACGGGCGAGCGCCGUCCACAGCGCACGCGCUCAGGCCCGCCCGCCUGGGCACGCAGCUUCCCCAACUCGCCCGAGGCGAGCACCGCCAACUUUGGCGCCGCACGCGGCGACGACGCGCGCGACUCGGACGUCGAAGACGAGCCGCUCGAGCCGUACGAGGAGCCGGGCCAGAUCACGCUGCCCGGCGCCACCAACAGUCGCGAGAACCGCUCGUGCUGGGUGGUCUUCAAGACCACCACCCAAAAGCUCUGGCACAAUUUCGUGCUGCGGCCCGUGUACGCGGUGGGCGGAUUCAUGACGGCACCGCUGUAUGCGGCCGUCAUCUCGCUCGUCGUCGCGGUGAUUCCGCCGCUGCAAAAGUUUGUCGACUCGCUCGAGCCCGUCGUGGGCGCGCUCGAGACGGCCGGCGCGUGCAGUAUCCCGCUGACCAUGGUGGUGCUGGGCGCCUACUUUGUCGCCGACGCCUCGGCGGUGCAGUCGCAAAACUCGGUGCCGCACGCCGUACCGCCCAGCGCGCCCGCCGGCGACGGAUCGACGUCGAUGACCGGUCCGCAACCCAUGCCGCCCAAUGGCGCCAAGCCGGUGAGUGGCGACCAUGACGACGACGACGAUCCGUGGCGUCGCGCGUCGCUCGAGUCGUCGGUGGCUUCGGGCGAGUCGACGCUGGUGCAGCGCGACAGCAAGCGACGUGGGCUUGGAUCGUGGAUGGGCAAGAAUCCGUGGAACAGCGGCUCGUCGUCCAACGGCGGUUCGGACCUCGAAGAUGCGCGCGCAUACGUCGACGAGCCGGCAUCGUACGUGGCCUCGACAUCCGAUAACGCGGGUGGUGCGGAUGAAGCGGCACGCAAUGCCGACCUCAACUCGCGCAACUCUGCUGGCCGGUAUCAGAACGCGCUGACCAAGCAAAUCGACGCGGCUCGAUCGGCGACCACGAUGGAACGGCGUACGAUUGCGGUGGCGAUUUCGUCGCGCAUGGUGGUGACGCCGCUGAUCCUGCUGCCGGUGGUGGCGUGGUACGCGAUGGCCACGGGGAGCAACGUCAUGGACGACCCCGUGUUUGUGGCGUGCGCGUGUCUGAUCAUUGGCUCGCCUCCGGCGCUGACGCUGGCGCAGAUCACGAGCCAGAGCGCCCAGGGCAAUCCGAGCUUCGAACGGCUCAUCUCCAAGACCAUCUUCACCGCCUACACCUUCUUUGCCGCUCCCACCACCGUCUUACUCGUGCUCGCCGCGCUGCUCAUCACGGAAAACGACAGGAACAAGGGCUGA